UGUGCUUUACAAAUCUUUAAAAGAUUGCAAUUUCUGUUUUAUUUUUGUAUAUGUUCCUAUUUAAAGUAAUUUGUAAAACUGCUUUUGGUCUUCGUAAUAAUAAGGUCGUUUUAUGUCUCGUAACUCAAAACGUCAAUGUUUUCAUCUUUUAUCACUGUUUAAAGGUACAGUUUAAGAAUAGCUUCCCUAGCAAUCCGGGACGUCUCUGUUUAGAUUAGUUUUUACUAUUUGUUAGUAUCUUCUCAUGCGUUAUUAUUGCUUUGUCUUAAUAAAAUGCACUACGUUCUUCAUUUCUUAUUUUUGAUGUUGUUUAUGAUUACUUUUUUCAGUGUUUGUGUGAUUUUAAAUCCCUAAAUUAGAUAUUGUUAGAUUUUUUUUGUUAUUUUGCCAAGAACGGUGUGUUUCGGAGACCAACAAUGGGAAAUUCCAAGUACUGCUUGGGUAAUCCGCAUUCUCGUGUGAAAGGGAAGUUACACAGCAUUUGCAACGUGACUACUAGUAAGGGCGUGUCGAGACUAGAAGGUAUAAAAUAACACCGACACCCGAGGAGGUGUCGAUGUCUGCUUGCCAUGGAAGUAAUUAGGAACUGCUAGAAUUUCUUGUCUUUAUAGAUGGAAACGAUUCUGUUUACUUGGCGCAGUAUCACACUUACCGAUAUACUGUAUAUCCUUUCUGAGCUCAAGACAGUCGUUCAAGAGCUAUCAUACUGUCAGUUGAGAUCUGCUUUUUAACUUUGUUGAAAUUACUUUUUAAGAAGUUUACAGUGAUACGUUAGUGGCGAUACAUUUCUUUAAAAGGCACGUUUAACUCAUAGGUAGAAUAUUAUUACUUAUUAGUGUAAAGCGUGUCAAUUGUCUGUUAAAAAUUGUAUUACAAUAUACAUGUGCUGUAUACAGUAUAUUUAAUUUACUUAAGACAUUUUUAAAAUCUCAUUAAUGCAAGAAUUUUCAUUUCUCUGGUUAUGUUCUUCUAAAACGUAAACAUGAGUUAACUAAACAUCAUACCGUCAUGAUUUGGAAAAGUGCAAAUGCAAUUUUGUAUGUUUUAGUUUGGCAGCAGUAUAUGAACUGGAUUUGCAGAAUGCAGUAACCAGUUGAAUCUGCAAUAACCCUGGAGGAGGAUGGGGGACUUAGCCCUGUUGGACCUGUUGGAGUGCCCACUAUGCUUUGAAAGACUGGACAUUUCUGCCAAAGUGUUACCGUGCCAACACACGUUCUGCAAGCCAUGUCUUCAAAGGAUGGUGUACUCCAAGGCAGAAGUGCGCUGCCCUGAGUGCAGGACCCCAGUUUCCUGUGGAAUCGAGGAGCUGCCAGCAAACCUCCUCCUGGUUCGUCUUCUGGAUGGAAUUUGGGAAGGCUGCCAGAAUGGGAUGAGAAGGAGCACAUCCCAGAGACACAUUGUUUCUAUGGCCCACAGCCAGUCAAUCAGGAAAGGCAGGGAUUCCAGGAGCUCACAAAUACCCCAGCGCAGGCUGACGAUGAGUCGCAGAAGCCCACUGGAUGGGGUUCCAUGCGCACGGGCUUUAUAUAAUUACAGAGGAAAUAUACCUGGAGGUUUGAACAUUAAACUGGGAGACCUCGUCAUCUUGCGGCAGAAAUUAGAUGAGAACUGGUACCACGGAGAAGCCAAUGGGACCAGUGGGCUCUUCCCUGCCAGUGCUGUGCAAGUCAUCAACCAGCUGCCCCAGGCCCUGUGCCCACCGAGACCUUCGUAUGAUGCUGAGACAGGAUCUGUGAAGCAUACCGAGACGGCAAAGGCAAACGACUCUCCAGAAACUCGCAGCAGAUUUGGGGAUGGCAGGACCAGCGCUGUGGUUGGCCACAUGUUCAGCAGCACAGAACCGCGGAGUCCCAGGGAGCUCUUAAUGACCAACGCCCUGAAUCAGCUGAACAGGCUAUCCCAGAACCCCUCGGUGGAGCGUCAGCCUCAUGAGUUCAGCUCUCCCACCUUCGGCAGCUCUAGCAACCCUGCUCUCGUGACACAGCUGAGCAGGUGUCUCCCGGAAGACUCACAGGUACCUAGCAGUCCUGUUGAAGGAACAAUUGUCGCAGAUUCUGCACCAGCUUUCACCAUGGCUUUCAUAAACCCACAGUCCCAUGCUACUUCUGCAGAGAAUAAUCACUCAAGGCAGCAAAUUUCCAUCAGUGUCUGUGCUGUCUUGUCCUCUUACAACCCCCGUCGUCCCGAAGAGCUGGAGCUCCAUAAGGGAGAGAUGGUGGGGGUUUAUGGAAAAUUCAAGGAGGGGUGGCUGAGAGGCCUGUCUCUGAGAACAGGGAAAGUGGGCAUCCUGCCUGGCAAUUAUGUCACCCCAGUAUUGAGAACAUCUGCCAGGUUCCUUGACCUCAAAUCAGUCCCUGCUCAGGCCGGAAAGAGGUCUCUGACGACUAAACCUCCAGUCGCAGCGAUUGCCCUGGAUAGAAUUACUCCAAAUGGGACGACAAGGCCAGACUUCCAGGUACACUCUGUUGCCAUGCCAACCCCCGUGCUGUCAGCAGGCGCAGCGAGAGCAGCAGCCCAGCAGGAAGGAACAAUGGGGAGAGGCACAGUGAGGCGUGCCUUCACUGCUCCUCAGAGGGGAUCAUCGGUAAAGAGUAAUAGUUCUUUCCAGAAGUCGUCCACUUUGGUUGCUCGGCCCCAGCAGCCUCACCCCUCCGGGAUCACAGUGCAGACACACAACAUCGCCUCUGCACCUGUUACAGCUCUAAUGAGGCAUAACCAGCCUGCAAGCACUGCUCGGAUGCUGUACCGGGUUUCUGAGACAACAUCGCCCACUGCUGGCAGCUCUGUGCUACUGGAUGCCAUAGAGUCUGUUGCUAAAGAGCUGCCUAGCAAACCGGCUACAGCAGCUCGCCACUCCAUUUUGAUUAAGCCAGACUCCUACAAAUACAAUACAGAAAAGCCUACAAAAACAGUGCGAUUUCAGACCCAGGACUCUCCACCCCCAACAAGGAGCAGCUCCCAGCCACCAGCAGGACAGACAAACCUUCCCACAAGGCCAGGAGUGUCUGCACAGGACCAGAGAGGCAACCCAGUUCCUGCUGGCUACCACAGUCGUGGGGGCUCAGACAGCAAGAUACCACUAUACAGGAAGGGCAGUUCAGCAGAUAUCUCCAGUCCAGAUGCCCCACUGCAGGGCAAGAGGCCCGCUACCUCAGUGUCCCAACCUAAUGCUAACAGGUACAGAGUGGUACUGCCCUAUGCAGCUCAGUGUGAUGCAGAGCUGAACCUGAAGGAUGGGGAAUCAGUGCUGGUACAAAAAACACGACAGGAUGGACGGUUCCUUGUAACCCAGGAAAAGAGUGGACAAACAGGGCUUUUCCAGUGCAAUAUCCUGGACUUUCUUGAGAAACAGCUGACUAAUGGUCAGCAAGGGACCUGCCAAAAUUAAAUUGUAUAGAAUGCACUGAGUGUACUCAUCUUACUAAAUGUUAGUUACAGAACACUGUACAAAACAUCUCCACAAUACUAAAAAAGUAGCCCUUUAUCACUUUAGAACACUACUGUGUAGUCUAAGUCUUUGUGAAAAUAUUGCAGAUGAAAGGCAGAAAUCUGCAAAUAAAAGCAUACAGUGUAUGCUUAAACUCUGCUGAUGAUUGAUUGAAUUACUGCCAUUGGUAAAGAGAUGGUUUAUACAUUUUACACAACUUUUUCUAUUUUAGACUUAACAUAGGUCACCCACAAUUCUUUUACAAUUUUGAAGCAAGGCAUUGCCUGCAUGUACGCUGCUGAGGGGGUUUCUUAAUCAAAGCAGCAGACAAACUUUCCUUCAUUGUCAGUUUACUCAUAAAGAGCUAAAGACAUUUAAUCUGUUGGACAAAUAAGAUCCAGGUGACUUCCAAAUAUUUCAAACAUUACACUGAUUGAGGGAUAUUAAACUGCACCUGAUUUUCAUACUACAGUAUGCACAACAUUUGAUGUUUUAGCAUUGUACUGGACACUGGUUUUUUAAUAUUGUAAUGUUGUAUACAGGACUAUUGCUUCAGUCCAAUAACAUUUUUAUUUAUAAUUUUGAAAAUGCAUAUAAGCCUUCUAUAUAGUGUAAACAAUUCUAAUGAAGCAUUUCCAAUAAUUGUCUGGAUAUUCAGAUCAGUAGGUUUUAUAAAAUCCAUAACUGGGUCAAUAUUUCAAAGAAAAUUGAAAGGCAUGUCAUUCUUUUCAGUACAGACUGUAGGCUUUAAAGACAAUAUGAGCCUUUUGUGCCUAGCUUCAUCAUCAUGAAUUUAUGAAAAGGUACUCUGUGAAACUCUGAAUUAUUAAAAGUAACAAUGCAAUAUUUUUAAGAAAGAAUAAAAUAAUGAUACCCCCAUCCUUACUGUAAAAACCGUGUGACAGGUUUUUACAAUAAAGUACUUAAAUUUUUCCCAUACCAAGGAAAUGUGCCAUUCUUAAUGUGUGCCAUCAUUAAAGGUUUAGAGUGAAUUUAAGUUACUGCAUGUGCCAUAUACCGUAUCUAUCCAAGUGUUAAAACUAUCUUCUACCAGAGAACAGAACACAAUAUGGAGCGGAUACUGGAGAACUGUUUUGGUUCAGAGGAGUGAAGAGCUAUCAGUACUGUACAUUGGAUAAUAUAAGGAUAAUGAUGACAAAUCAAGUGCAUUAAAGUAAAUACUGUUG